UUACUGUAAUUUUCAAAACCCCGAAAGAGCAAUUGCACGUGGAAAAAAUCGCACGUUUUAACAAUAUGACAGAAAAUAAUGAAAUAAAAGCCUUAAAAAUCGACAAACAAAUCCUUGAUAAAUUCUGGACAUUAUCCGAAUCAAGCUCUGCAGAAAUCAUCAAGGCAACAGACCAGCUGGUGGUUCUGUUGAAGAUAAAACAAAAACGAAACACUGAGAAUGAAUUAUCACAAGAAUUGGAAUACAGUGUAAAAAGAUUGGUAAAAGGUUUAGCCUCUAGUAGAGAAACUGCACGACAAGGCUUUUCUGUUGCUCUUUGUCAGAUUCUAAGAAAGUUUGAUGUAGUAACAGUGGAAGAAUUUCUAAAUUUGAUAUCUAAACAUUUGAAGUUACCAAAGAAAGAAUCUAAAGCAGAGAAAGGGAGUAGCUUUUUAGGAGAAUCUUUAGCUUACUUGACUUUGAUACAAUCAGGAAGACUUCUACAAGGAGAUGGACAAUUUAUAAAGAAAGUAAUCAGAGGAUUACUGUGGGUCAGUGAGAAGAGAGUGUACCUUCGACAGAUCUGUUAUAAUGGCAUCCGUCUUGUUGUCCAACAGCUCAGCAGUGAAGAUUUUGAGCAGUUUGCUUGGCCAGAGAUAGAAGGAGAGUUGAAGAAAGGAUGGGAAGACUGCUCAGCAGAUGUAUUCAGUCUGUUGAUUACAUGCAGGAAACAACACUCUGAAUUGGUAAACAAAGACUUUCUUAAAGAGCAUUGGAAAACAAAGAAAUUGUUCAGAGAUGAUCAUUUCACUAAAAUAUGGAAUAUUUUGAUGGAAGGAACUUCUUGUGAUCCUGUGAUGCAUCAUGUCAACAAGGUCGUUGUCCAGGAACUGGUACACAAUAAAUGUUCAUUAGGAAAGUUUUGGCAAGCAGGACAGGCUAUUGUGUUUGGCAAAUCACAGGUCAAACUGUUGAACCUUGGAUUCCAUAUGUUGUUAGACUUACUUCCCUUAGUCAAAACAGCUGAUGAGAUGAAACAACUAUUGUCUCGAGAGACAGUCAAAAUGUGGGUAAAGAAUGUUGACGGAAAAUUAAGGGAUUUAAACCCCUUGCUGACAGUAACUAAAACUUUGGGUACUGAAAUUGUUAAUAUAAUGAAAUCAUAUAAGGACAGUGACAGUGAUAUGCAGAUAGCUAUCAUGAAAAGUGUUGUACAGACACAAGGUUUUCCUGGAAAUCAAACAACCAAAACAUUGGAUCACCUUGUUACUCAGUUGAGUGCAGAAGCAGCAAAGGAUUAUGGGAAUUAUUUAAUGCAGACCUUGAUUCAGCAAAUCAGGUCAGUAGAUCCUCGACCUAUUGGUAUGAUGACAUCAUUACAUAUGCUUAUACACCUAAGAACGCUGGUCAGUUUAUCCAGCACAGCUGCUGACCAUCAAUGGCAGUUAGAAUUGUUGGAAUUUUUAAUGCUUCAUUCAUAUUGGAAAGUUGUCAAGGAAUCAAAGACUAUCAAACAUUGUAAUCACAAAUGUGAUGAAAUGGAGGACAAAAUAAGAAAACAGUUCCAAGAUAGUUUACAUAAAUCUGUUACACAACUUCUUAUCUACAAAACUGAAAAUUCUAAGACAUUAUCAGUACAUGCCUACAAAGAUACAAUUUAUCUUCUGGCCACAUAUGUUCAGACUUUAUUAGAUGACAAGACAAAUACAGUAGCUCUAGUCAAACCUAUGCGAGCUAAGGCAAGAGCAGACUGGGAUACAGUUUUCAAGCAUUUAAAAGAAAUACAUAGUAAAGAAGACACACCAGUCAACCAUGCAUUUGAAUUAUUGUUCCUCUUUAAUGCCAUACAAAUAUUUACUGAUGGCAGUUCAGAUAACUCAGGCUUAGAGGAUUUGAUAGUCUGUUAUAAGAAAGCAUCAGAAACAAAACGAAAAUCUGUCGGCAAGACCCCUAAAAAAGAACAUGCUUGGAUUGAGGUAUUAAUAGAACUGCUGCUUAGCAUGAUGUCACAAGGUUCAACAUUUGCCAGAAUGGUUGCUAAUAAUGUCUGUGCUUGUAUGGCAAAGCACAUCACCCCAGAAGCCAUGUCUUUGAUAACAGAGGUAUUAAAAGUACAGAAGCCAGAUGGAGAUGACAGUUUAUUUGACUUACAGGAUGAUGAAGAAGACAUGGAAUCUGAUGAUGAUGAGGGAGAAGAAGAUGAUGGAGAGGCAGAAGAAAUGGAGGAGUCAGAUGCUGAUGAGGAUAUAGAUAGCAGUGAGUCAGAGGAGGAUGAAGUGGAUGAAGAGUUCAGGACUGCUAUCAAAUCAGCUUUAGGCCCUGCUGCUGUGGAGGAGGGGGACGAUGAUGACGAGGAGGAGGAGGAUGCAGACAUGAGUGACAGUGAGAUGUUUAAGUUAGAUGCUGCCUUGGCAAUGGUGUUUAAGUACUCCAAGAGUAACAAAAAAAAGGAGAAAAAAGAAACACAAAAACAACUUGGCUCUUUCAAAUUAAGAGUAUUAGAUUUAGUAGAAACACUGGUUAGAACACCACUUUCUGGAGAUCUUGUUUUGGAUCUACUGUUUCCACUGUUGGAACUUAUGAUACAUGGAGAGAAAGAAGAACUGAGUAAUAAGGCCAGUGGAGUUUUUAAGCAGUUGUAUAAGAGGGCUAAGGUAAACAGCACUGCAAUUGCAGAUACAGAACGCAGUUUGGAAUCUUUAAAGUCUGUAAUUGAGAUGUCUAAAAAAGUAAAUGACAGAUCCUUGCUGCUGUCGGUAUCAGAUGCCUAUUUCCUUAUAACAAAACUAUUAAUAAAUGUGGAACCCAGUGACAAUACAAAACCCAAGAAGCCAAGUUCAGAGGAACAUGAAAGAUUACAUAAAGAAGUUAACAGAAUAUUGGCUGAAGAAUUAGAGAUAUGUUUAACAAAAAAGAAGAGUAAAAUGAAUAUGGAAUUCUUUACCAACCUUGUUUCCAAAGAUCCAGCAAUAUACUGGCCAUUAUCUAAAACACUAUUUAAAAUACUGAAAGGGGAUGAUCCUAAAGGAUUCUUCAAAAUCCAGGCUUGUUCCCUGUUAGCUGUGAUCAUCAAUACAAACGUUCAAGACAGUUUGGAUGAAACUGAGUGGGACAAGUUAACAACAGAGUCUCUAGAGGCCAUUGAAUAUGCUGUUAGAAAUAUGGACAGAUUUCAAAAGAGUAAAUUAAUAGAAGAAGUAGUUAUAGUUUUGAGCAGGCUGUUCGCAAUGUCCGAGAAAGCUGUGUUGUCUAGAGAUAUAGUUAAAAAGCUGAUAUCAGAGAAAAAGAAGUUCAGUCCAAAAGUCAGAAAAAUGUGCAAUUCAGUAAUGAAUAAACAGCAGGCACACAUUUAUAGUGCCCAGUCACAACAAAAGAAAAGAAAAUCAGAUACAGAUAUAAACACAGAACAGACAUCAACAGACAAAAAGACAAAAAUAGAAGAACAAUAAAUAUAUAUAAUGUGACAAUAGUAUUUUGCAUUUCAUAUAUCCUUUUCUUUUUUCUGUGUGAAAAAUCAGGUAUAA